AUGAAGAUCCAUGAUGUGUUCCAUGUCAGCUUGUUGUCUGCUUUCAAACACAACACAGAGUUUGAUUGCACAUUCACUCCUCUGCCACCUGUGAUCACAGCAGAAGGAGAAGAGGAGUAUCAGGUAGACAAAUUUGUAGAUUGGGCAGCAGAAGACAGAAUAAGGAAGUACAGGGUCAGAUGGAAGGGAUACGCACCCCAUGAGGACACAUGGGAACCAGCCAAGGAUCUGCAGCAUUGCAAAGACAAAUUGCGCAACUUCUUUGCUAGUUAUGCCCUGGCUGCCAACAACCCCAUCCCUGCAAAUGCGCACAAAGUUAAAAGAGGCAAGAUAGUCAAGCAACUCAGCAACAUGCCCAUCUUCAGCUCCAUCAACGCCUUGGCUUACAACCCUUGCCUCAACAUUGAUUGCUACAUCAUGAACGGCCCAGAGGAGAUGAGAGCACACCUAGACAGCUCUGCCAACAUAAUUCAUGCUCUGAUGAGCGCCAGCAGUUGCAACAAGUGGGGAUUCCUCCAUUGGCUUAACCCCAGGGGAGAAGUAGGACCAAAUACACUGUAUGGAAAGCAAGCAUACUGCUGGUGGCACUUCAUUGCCUCCCAUCCAGGUGCUUUCAGGGAUCUGGCACGAUGGCAUUGCCAUGGGUUUGCUACCCCACCCCCCACAGUCUCCACACCUCUAUCUGCAAGAGGGCUGACCCAGGCAAUGCAGAACCUCAUUCUGCUUUACCCAGCGGACCCACCAGCCUACACAAGCAGGCCAGCACCGCCAGUGACCCUCCAGCACACCCAGACACCCCCAGACCCACAGAGGUGCAUGUACCAGCACCCUUGCCAUUUCUCCUGUUCUCCAGCAUGCCAGACACUUGCUGGACCCCAGGAUACUUGUCUCCAGUCAGGGAGACACAAUGGGAGCCCCAGAGCUACUGGGAUGGAACAAUGA